GUAUAAUUAAACACUUAGGGUUUCAUGGUUUUACGCCGAGUCGCUACUGGUUUAGAUAGACACAUAAACUCUAAUUUAAACUUUUUUGUAGUGACCAAUGGCUCUAUUUUUAAGAAGAUCAGUUUUGAAUAAAUUUAAUAUUCGAAUUUUACAAUCAGUUACUAAAUCUAGAAGAUCAUAUGCUGAUGUUGGUCCUAGUGAUAGUUUAUCCCUAACUUUUGGCACACCUAGAGAGACGUUUUUUAACAAUACAGUUGUCACACAAGUUGACGUACCGUCAGGUUCUGGAAAUUUUUGUAUACUUGCUCAACAUGUACCAAUCAUUGCUGUUUUGAGACCUGGACUUCUGACUGUCACUAAAGAUGGUAGUGUGGAGAAGUAUUUUGUUAGUAGCGGUACCAUAACUGUUAACAAAGACUCCACUGCUCAAAUACUUGCUGAAGAAGCAAGUCCUCUUGAUAGAUUUGAUUUAAACAGUGCCCGAAAAGCUGCUGAAGACGCACGUUCUGCUUUAAGUAUUGCAAACACAGAAGCUCUCAAAGCGGAGGCUCAAAUUCAGGUGGAUACCUGUGAUGCUUUACUUUUUGCACUUGAUGGAAAAUAACCUAUUUGAAACAGAUUGUUAGGGGGUGCAAUAAUUUAAUUUAGAAUUAUUCUCGAAAUAUUUUGA